AUGGAGUCGAAAAUUCAGUACUUUACAGCACCAGCAGUUACCGCCAGCGAAGCGCCUCUGCCACCGCUCACCAUUUCGUAUAAAACCGUGGGAAAUCCCUCUUCACCAGCCAUCCUCAUCCCGACAUGCUUUGGCGGCAAGAUUGAAGAAUCGCUUACAUUUCUAUGGCGGCAAACAGGCACCGAACCACCCGUGCUGAGCAAUUACUAUGUCGUCAUCUGCGGCUUGCUGGGCGGCAGUGAGUCAUCGUCGCCGUCUAAUGCAGAGCAGAGCAUCCGCGGAUCCAAGUUUCCCAAGGUCACUUACAAGGACAACAUUGACUUGCAGUACAAGUUGUGCCGAAGUCUCGGCAUCCGCUCUCUAGUCGCCUACAUUGGCUUCUCCAUGGGUGGUCAGCAGGCAUACCACAUGGGCAUCCUGUAUCCCGACUUUGCUCAUCGUAUUAUUGCGCUGGCCACGUCUGCGCGCACAAGUAUGCACAAUAAGGCUAUUCAAACCGCUCUGCGUGCUUCCAUUAUCAACAGUGUAGACUGGUGCGGCGGCGAGUACAAGACGCCUUGCCGCCAAGGAACUGUUGCGUUUGGCAAGGUAUUUACAGGAUGGGCCUUUAGCACCGAGUGGUUCGACGCUGAAGGGUGGAAAGCUCUUGGAUUUAAUACUAUUGAAGCUCUCUUUGAAGACGACGAAAAGAAUGGUCUUGGCUCGUGGGAUGCUCACGAUCUACUCUGCCAGUUGUAUACUUGGGAACAUGGCGACAUUUCGAUCCACGGCCCACAGCCCGGUAAUCUCAAGCUGGCUCUAGAGCAGUUGAAGAUGCCGAUUUUGCUUCUGCCAUGCCGCACCGAUCUAUUCUUUCCUCCUGCACAUAGCAACAGUGAAGUCCAGUAUCUGGCGCGGGGCACCAUGACUGUGCUGGACAGCAUAUGGGGACACAUUGCCGUUGGCGGGUUUGAUCUGAAACCAGAAGAAGCAUUCCUUCAAAAACAAAUCAGCGAUUUUUUGAAAAAGUAA